AUGGCAUCGGCACACCAUGGGCGGAAUAGCAAACAUCCCAAACCCUCCCGCAGCAAUGCUAGAAGUCUAAAACGAAAGCGGGAUGAGGUGGACCUUUCAACGCUCGCACAACGGAUUGACGAGCUUGAUGUCAAAGCUUCAUUCGAAGCAUUUUCCGACCUCCCUCUCUCAGAACCCACCGCGGACGGCCUCUCCGCGUGCCAUUUUAAAUCGCUGACCGAUAUUCAAGCCCGGGCGAUACCACAUGCUCUCAAGGGACGAGAUAUCCUGGGCGCCGCAAAGACUGGGAGCGGGAAAACACUUGCGUUUCUCGUUCCUCUCCUGGAAUUGCUAUAUCGAAAGCAAUGGACGGAAUAUGAUGGGCUGGGAGCGUUGGUGCUGUCGCCUACUCGCGAGCUGGCGAUCCAGAUAUUCGAAGUGUUAAGGAAGAUCGGUCGCCAUCAUACCUUCUCGGCUGGGUUGGUAAUUGGCGGGAAGGGCCUGCAGGAGGAACAAGAACGGCUGGGGAAGAUGAAUAUAUUGGUGUGCACUCCCGGACGGAUGCUGCAACAUAUGGACCAGACGGCAGCUUUUGAUACCAAUCACAUUCAAUUACUUGUGCUGGAUGAGGCGGAUCGAAUUAUGGAUAUGGGAUUCCAAAGUACUGUCGACGCCAUUAUCGACCACCUGCCAAAGGAGCGGCAAACGAUGCUAUUCAGCGCAACGCAGACGAAAAAAGUUUCGGAUCUUGCGCGCUUGAGUCUACGGGAUCCCGAAUACGUAUCUGUUCAUGAAACAGCGGCCAGCGCAACUCCGGCGAAGUUACAACAAAAUUACAUCAUCACGCCGCUGCCAGAAAAGUUAGAUACCCUAUGGAGUUUUAUACGAAGCAGUUUGAAGUCUAAAAUCAUAGUGUUCUUCUCGUCGGGGAAACAAGUUCGGUUUGUGUACGAGUCUUUUAGGCAUAUGCGACCUGGGAUUCCCCUUCUUCAUUUACAUGGGCGCCAGAAACAAGGCGCCAGGGUAGAUAUUACAAAGAAAUUUUCUGCGGCUAAGUAUUCGUGCUUGUUUGCUACGGAUAUUGCGGCGAGGGGUUUGGAUUUCCCGGCUGUCGACUGGGUAAUUCAGGUUGACUGCCCAGAGGACGCAGACACAUAUAUCCACCGAGCAGGUCGAACUGCGCGCUACGAACGCAACGGGCGAGCAGUUCUGUUCCUAGAGCCCAGUGAGGAGGCGGGAAUGUUAAAGCGGCUGGAACAGAAGAAAAUACCCAUCGAAAAAAUUAAUGUCCGUUCCAAGAAACAGCAGAGUAUUAAAAACCAGUUGCAGAAUAUGUGUUUUAAAGACCCAUCUUUGAAAUACCUUGGACAGAAAGCUUUUAUAUCCUACGUCAAAUCCAUCCAUGUGCAGAGGGAUAAGGAGGUUUUUGUUGUGAAAGACUUGCCCUUGCAAGAAUAUGCCGCGAGCUUGGGCCUACCUGGUGCCCCGCGCAUCAAGUUUAUCAAGGGUGAGGACUCCAAGAAACUGAAAAAUGCACCGAGGAGAUUAUUAGAAGCACUAUCAAGCGGAGAUGACACAGAUACAGACGGUGGGGAGCACAAGAAAAAGAAGGAGGAAGCCGUCAGAACUAAAUAUGAUCGCAUGUUUGAACGACGAAACCAGGACGUCUUGACUGAGCAUUACACGAAAUUGAUCAAUGAGGACGGCACCACAGUUGCUGGUGGCACCCCUGAUGAUUCCAAAGCAGAUGCUGAUGAAGAUAAUGAUUUCCUUUCUGUGAAGCGUCGAUUUGACGCAGGCGACGAUAAUCUCGGCGAAGAAUCUGAUGGUGACUCCGAUACAACGAAACCCAAGCCUAAAGUUGUACAAAUACCUGGUAGCGAGCCACUUAUCAUAGAUUCUCACCGGCGAGAGAAACUUCUGAAGUCGAAGAAGAAGAUGCUUAAAUACAAGGGCAAAGGGUCGAAAUUGGUCUUCGAUGAAGAUGGGAACCCGCACGAAGUGUAUGAAAUGGAAGAUGAAGACGACUUCAAGAAACAGGGUUCUGCAGAUGCGCAGCGGGCCAAGUUCCUGGAGCUGGAGGCCGAGCGGACUCGACUUGCAGAUAUCCGGGACAAAGAAAUUGCGAAACAAAAGAAACGGGAGAGAAAGGAGAAAAGGAAAGAAAGGGCAAGACUGGCCAAGGAAACAGGCGACGCUGGAGGGUCAGCAGUGCUUGCGCCAUUUGAUGAAGACAUUGAAGGAGAUGAUGACCUUAGCCAGGCUUCCGGCACCGGGCAAGUUCCCGGAGAGGCCCAUCCGAGUAAAAAGCAAAAGAAAUGGUCCCAAGACUCGUCUGGGGAUGAACAAGAGAAGAAGGGCCGCGGCCGUUCGAAUCGUAGUGAGGCAAAUGGGCCCGUUGCGAUUGAAACUUUGGAGGAUCUGGAGACUCUUGCUGCUGGGCUUCUGGGCUAAUGGAAUUCUAAGGCUAGAUAAUUGGUGUCAUCAAAAUUUUCAAACCCAUUUUUUUUGUAUACGUGACAUAUGAUCGUACGGAUAUCCCUUUUUUGUUGUAACUAUCUCAUGUGCAAUGUGAUCGAUCAAAAAUGCUCCAACAUCAGUUGAGCAGUUUUGCUUUUUGAA